UUACCUACUUCGCGUCUCUCAAAAGUCUUGAAAUAUUGCUCUACAUUUGCCGUACAUCAUGAUUUUUGGAGACUUGUCUGCUUAUGUAUUCGUUGACGACCAGGAGCUCCCGGAGUAUGCUGUUGAUGUUUCCAACACACCAACGGAGAACAGAAUAACCUGCUGGAUUGCAUCGGAAGAGGGGAAGAAAUUUGGAGUCAGGUGGAUGAACGCAGCUGAGCAGUCCUGGAGCAUCAGAGCAACUGUCUCCGUUGAUGGUGUUCGCUGCCGUGCACAAAGUGCGCCCCCGGGCUGGGUCGGCACAAUGGAACUCACGCACUUGGCCAAUGACUCAGUCACCAGGGAUUUCAUGUUUUCAAACAUUGAGCUUACUGACGAUGACUCAAUGCUCGGUGAUCAAAGUUCGAAUGACAUAGGUCAGAUUGUGUUGAAGGUAAAAACGGGGAAGCGCACAAAGACGCAGGUAGUUAAACAUGGUACAUCGAAAAAUCACACCCUCCGUGUGCGAGAAGGCAAGGUGCAUGAACGGUCUAAGAAGGCAUGUGUUCAUCGUGUCAUCUUCGGAGAUGAAGUUCCCCGACAAGUAAAUCAUCGGCCUGGUCGUUCCACAUCCCGCAGCAUGUUCAAACUGGACAAACGACCUGUGACUGUCUUCGUGUUCAAAUACACGCGCUUGGACAUCUUGCAGGCAAUGGGCAUAGCGCCAUUGAUACCCAAGAAUUCAAGCAAGGAAGAGGCAAACGACCAUGACGAUCAAAUCGAAAUUAUUGACGGACCUCAUGAGCCUUCAAGUUCAAAGGAUCCUUCAAGUUCAAAGGAUGUGAAGCCCCUAAUUCAAUAUUUCGAGAUGGAGCUCCAGCGUUUACGUGCCCAGUUGGCCUCGUCUGAGGACCGGAAGCCCUCACGUGUUAAGUUGGAAUGCGGGGUUUCACGGCGGCAGCAAACCGCUACAGAAGUCCUCGAUUUAACCGAGGAUUAGUUUCCGUCUGUCCUCGCUUGGGUUCUGACUUGUAUGUCACUUCUCUGAGGUAAGCAUCACAGAGAUCAUCUCUAAUGCACACAUCCAUGCAAUUCAACUCGAUGUUUUGCAAGACAGAACACGCUGCACAUAUUCUUUCUGUACAGUUCAAAUUCAUUCACACCAUCAUUAUAGAUACACGUAACGGUACUUUGCAUUGGAAGAAGGCUUCUUUCUUAAUUUUCUGGUUGUGGCUUUACGCUCGUCGCUCAUUAUAAUACUUUAUUGCAUACUCACUGUUAAUAUGAACUUUUUACUAGGACCCCCUUCAUUUGAAACUACUGAGUGCUCUCACAUUUUACGCUUGAUGAUUACUAGCUAAGUAUAUCGAGUCAACUACAAGUGCUUCGAUGAUGGGGAAACACUCUUCAAAUUGAAUACUG